UUGCUGGGUUGACCAAAUCUGUGGCAGGAGUGGACGAAGAACAUCCAUACUCCAUGUUUCCCUCGCAUCCUUUCUGUCUGCCGCAUUGGUCGAAGGUAAGAGUCGUGGCACAUGAACGAUCGAUCGCCUUUGUCUUUUUAUUUGCAGGUUUCCCUUCUUUCUUUCCCAUCCUUCUCCUCUUCGCUACAAUAAUUCUCACCACCCGGUGGGAGCGAAAAGCAGAGGAAGGGAUCGAAGGACAGCGCGGCAAAGACGGGGAGAUCUUGCAGCAACAGUGGAAGCCAUGGGUGAAGAUGAUGAGAAGCAGUCAGAGAAGAGGUACAUUUCCUCGGAGGAGCUCCGGUUGCACAACACGCCUUCGGACCUGUGGAUCUCGAUCCAAGGUAAGGUCUACGACGCUACCCACUGGGUGAAGGACCACCCGGGCGGCGAGCUCCCUCUGUUCAACCUCGCCGGUCAAGACGUCACCGAUGCCUUCGUCGCUUACCACCCGGGCACCGCUUGGUCCCUCCUCGAUCGCCUUCCCCUGGUCGGCUACCUCUCCGACUACCGAGUCUCCGACGUGUCCAAGGACUACCGACGCCUGAUCACCGAUAUCUCCAAGAAGGGCCUCUUCGACAAGAAGGGUCACAUAACCUUCAUCGUCCUUUGCCAUAUGUGCCUCAUGUUCGCCGCCGUCGUGUACGGCGUCGUCUGCUCUCCCAGCGUGUGGGUCCAUCUCGGCUGCGCGGUCGUGCUGGGGUUCCUGUGGAUGCAGUCGGGGUUCCUUGGACACGACUCCGGCCACUACCGUAUCUUGAGCGGCCCUCUGGUGAAUCGCAUCAUGCAAGUGGUCACCGGGAACUGCCUCGCCGGAAUAAGCAUCGAAUGGUGGAAGCGGAACCACAACGCUCACCACAUCGCGUGCAACAGCCUCGAGUUCGACCCCGACGUGCAGCACAUCCCCGUCCUCGCCGUCUCCUCCGAGUUAUUCCGCGGCCUCACGUCCUACUUCUACGAGCGGAAGAUGAGCUUCGACGGGGUGGCGAGGUUGCUGGUGAGCUACCAGCACUGGACGUUCUACCCGGUGAUGUGCGUGGCGAGGUUGAAUCUCUUCGCGCAGUCGGUGCUGUUGCUGCUGUCGAACAAGAGGGUGCAGGGGAGGAGCAUGGAGUUGGUGGGGUUGGGGGUGUUCUGGGUCUGGUUCCCGCUGCUCGUCUCCUACCUGCCGAGCUGGGGCGAGAGGGUGAUGUUCGUGGUGGCCAGCUUCGCGGUGACCGGGAUCCAGCACGUGCAGUUCUGCUUGAACCACUUCUCCUCCAGCGUCUACGUCGGGCCGCCGCGGGGGAACGACUGGUUCGAGAAGCAGACGAUGGGGACGCUGGACAUCACCUGCGAGCCCUGGAUGGAUUGGUUCCACGGGGGGCUGCAGUUCCAGGUGGAGCACCACCUGUUCCCGCGGCUGCCGCGGUGCCAGCUACGGCGGAUCGCGCCCCUGGUGCGGGAGCUCUGCAAGAAGCACGGCCUUCCGUACGAUAACUUCUCCUUCUGGGAGGCCAACGUGAGGACCAUCAGGACGCUGAGGACGGCGGCUUUGCAGGCGAGGGACUUGGCCAAUCCGGUCCCCAAGAACUUGGUGUGGGAGGCGGUGAACACCCACGGAUGACCAACGUCUUCGGCCCACUUCCUCCGACUCCGUCUUCCCUUUCCUACACGGCUUUUCUUGCCCAAGGGAAAAGGAAAUCCAGGAAAGAAGGAAGAACAUAUCAUCAUCCGCAUAUAGAUAGGGUGUCUAUGGGAUUCUCCAUCCAUCUUUGUCGUGUGAUUCUGCAUUCGAUCGAAUUGAUGUUUCUUCUGUCUA